UCUUUAUUUGAACUAGAAGCCAAGGCUCAAAAGUAUUAAACAACUAGCUAGGUUUUGGAAAUCCCUUUUAAUUAGAUAUUCAAGAACAUUUGACGUCUACUUGAUAAAUUCACCACAGCUAAAUCCUCCUUUAAGUUUGACCUCUGAGGUGAAACAUUCAGUAAUGUUUAAUGUUUAUCUGCAAAUAUAUAUUCAAAUGACAAUUCUCUUUGAGCAUAAUUUUGCUGGUCUGUAAAUUGUUUAAAAUAUUUUAUCAAUCAAUCAUCAAAUCGUGUGUGUAAGCUUUGAAAAAUGCUUGUAGAUUACUCUCUUUUGCCAGUGUGAGGCUACCCCGUAAGAGAUAAUGAUAUGAUGGAGAGAGUAAAACUGAUUUUUAUGAACCUUCAGUCGUUGAUGGCUCAUGACGCUAUUUGGCUUCAAAACCUACACUUACAACAGAGCGCCAAACAGUGAGAAACGAUUUGAGUGUGGCGGACCAAAAUAGUUUGGGGGGAUCACUGGCCAUAGCACGCCGUUGAAAACAUAGAUAGUUGCAUUGUUUAUUAACAUGAAUCUUGCUUAAUGAUUAUAUUGUAAGUGUGCUUGACCUUGACCUGGGCCAAGACCUUUAUUCUUUUGCACCAUUUCCCCUGUAUUUCUGCAUUGCAAUUCAGUGAAUGCUGUCCUUCACCAGAGUGCCAGCUUUUUUUCUGGGUCAGUCCUUAGCCCUCUGAGAGGGCCUGAGCCACAAGAAGUAGAAAGAGAGUAAGAGAGGAGGGGGGAGGUAUUUAUAGAAAAAUAGGGCUUCGCAGUACCUUUUUGCUCGCAAAAGAAUCAUUAGAGGACCCAGCUAGCAUGUCCCAGAUUUCCGAUCAGUGCUCUGCAUGAGGGCCAGGGCUAGACAAACUUAGUAGAGGAUGCAGAGCCCUGCUUGAAAAGAGCGUGUCUGUGUACUUCUACACACGCCCUGCUUCUCCACAGCUUAAGCUGCAGGUCUGAUGGACCUUUGAUAGACUUUGUAAAUGAUUUUAAGUGCUUGGAGGUGACUGACCUGACCUUUCUCAGGCCUUUGGGCUUCACACAACGGACACUGAUACAAACGCUAAAACAGGACACCUGCAACCAUGAUGAGGAGAUUUCUGAAGAGCCAGAAGGGCCGGUUUUCACUCCGGCAAAGCCGCUCAGGUUCCCGAAGCGCCUCCAAGGACUUCUACCCAAAUCCUCAAGUGCUCAGGGACUUCCCCUUAAACAUGGAAUUGGCCCUUCCAGCAAAUAACCAGGGCUGGCCGGAGGACUUUGGAUUUAAGCUAGGUGGAGAUGGACCUAGCUACAUCCUUUCAGUGGUGGAGGGCAGCAGUGCCUAUAUGGCAGGUCUGCAACCUGGUGACCAGGUGCUGGAAAUUGAUGGCCAGAAUGUCUCCUCUCUCAGCACUAAAGCGCUUAUUGCCUUGGCCCAAACCCUCAAAACUGUACCUCCAAGCAUUGGCGUUGUGUCCCGCAUUGAACAGUUGGACAUCACUCCAGGACCUGAUGGCCGCUUUGGCUUUACAAUUGUUGGAGAUUGUCCUUUAUUAGUGGAGGACUGCAUGCUCAACUCUCCAGCAGGCCGCAGUGGGUUACGUGCAGGGGACUAUGUGAUGGAGGUAAAUGGAAUUCCAGUGAAGCAUCAUGAGAUGGCGGCAGCCAUGAUUAAGGCAUCACAGGGACGUACACUGCGCCUUGGCGUGCUCAGGAUGACCCGUUGGCAAAAACGCACCAGCAGCAGCAUGAAAGAGACGUACCAGAGUGGAGAUAUAGUCCGUCAAGACCGCAAACACAAAGCCCUGGAGUUUAACAAGAAGGUUGAAGAGAUUUUAGGUGAAGAGCCAAUUGUAAAGGAGAGGCUUUUUGACCUGUUGAAGCAAUACGCUUCAGAGAGGGAUGUGGAGCAGCUGGCAUCCACACUUCCUGAGAUAUUGAUCAAUGAAGAACAUCAACAGCUGAUUGACAGCAUCAGGAUCUUCAUUCCCAAAAAGCACCGGCAGCGUUUUGAUGAAGUGGUCUCUCAGAGCCUGAUCAGCCGCCUGAGGGGACGCAGUUUCAGCGAGCACAGGCAGAGUGGACUGCGCCGCAGCCGAAGCGAGGAUCACCCAGAGAGGCUGCUGGUGUCCACCCGGGCCAGCUCAGUGCCACGCACUGCCCAUGAGGAUAACAUCAUCCCUCCAUCUCGUGGCCUUCGCAAAACGACUUCACUCAUCGCUGGCCACUCCAAUGCCAUCUCUAACCGCAGGACAGUGCGGGUUUACAAAGGGAACCAGAGUUUUGGGUUUACUCUACGUGGCCAUGCACCUGUUUGGGUUGACUCAGUUAUUCCAGGGAGCCCAGCUGAGAAAGCAGGCCUCAAACCUGGAGAUCGCAUCUUGUUUCUCAAUGGCCUUGACAUGAGGAACUGUGCCCAUGAAAAGGUGGUGGCAAUGCUACAAGGCAGUGGAGCCAUGCCAUCACUAGUGGUAGAGGAUGGCCCACUGGCCUUCAUGCUGGCCGAGCCUGAGGCUCUGGAGGCAUCUCCACGCUCGCGUUCUCCUGUGCUCAGCUCCCUACAGUGGGUGGCUGAAAUUCUGCCACCCAGCAUUCGUGUGCAGGGGCGUACCUUCAGUCAGCAGCUGGAGCACCUGCUCACCCUACAAGAGAGAUACACCGUCUGCAAGUCUCUUGAGGCCUUCUUCCAGCACAGGAAUGUGGAUACUCUGAUCGUGGAUGUGUUUCCAAUUUUGGAUACUCCAGCUAAGCAGGUGAUCUGGCAGUUUAUUUACCAAUUGCUGACCUAUGAGGAGCAAGAACAUUGUCAGAGCAAGAUCUCACGAUUCCUUGGUUAUAAAGUCACAUUGCCUGUAGCAGAGCCAGAGCCACCAGCUCCAGAACCUCACCGACGUAGUAGCUCUAUGAAGGUGACAAGUACCACUUACAGGAGCAGUGUACGAGGCCGUAGUUCAGAUGAUCUGGUUAUUGGCACUCACUUAGGAAUGGGGAUCCGUACUGAGCCUGUUGAGGUGGCUCCGAUGAGACUGGCUCCUGGUGAAAGACAGUCUGGAGAUGGGACCUCUCUACCAGAGACACCCAACAACCUCACUAAUCUAUCUGCUGUAUAUGCUGAGCUGGAGAAUGUGCAUGUAGGCAAGAGGUCUAAAUCCCUAAAGAGCCGCCCUCCUCCUGCCCCUGAAACAUUGAUUGACAUCUACCCUCACUCAUCUAGCCAGUCUGUCAGAGCUAAAUCUACUUCUCCUUCUGUACGGGCUAGUUCAGGCAGUCGCAAGGUAACAUCAAUCCAGCCUCCACCUCCUCCUCCUCCGCCUCCCCAACCAAUGUGGAUGGAACCCCUGCCCAGUCCCCAAGGCCCCUGUUAUCCCCCAGAGCUUCCAUCCCAGGGGAGUGCAGAGUCCAACCCCUACAUUAGCCUGGACAGCCCGCCAUUAUCACCGCCAUCUCCUCCUGACUAUCCGCCAAGCCCACCAGAUUACCUACCCAGUCCCCCCAUCCGGAAGAAGCGCUACACAUUUUCUCGUCCUCCCCGCAGUGCUGACACAGACCUGUUCAUGGAGGCCCUCACAGAGCAGUUGGGUCAGCAGCUAUCUGUUGAUGACUUUCUGUCUCCAGAAAAUGACUAUGAAGAGGAUGAUGUUCAGAUGACCCUCCAAGACGAGGAGGAUGAAGAAGUAUAUGAUGAAGAUGAGGAGGAAGAUGAAAGCCCUUAUAUUCCUCCUGAGCUCAGCAGUGCCAGUGAGAUGCAUAGUAGCAGUGAGGAUGCAAGUUCCCUUACCUAUUCAUCUAGCUCUGAACACAUUCCACCUCCACCUCUCACCCCACCUCCUCCACCACCUGUUCAGUUUAAUGAUCCACCACCUCCUACCAACUUUACCUCUGACCAAGUACCCCGACAUUUAACUUUCCGCCGUCACCCAGGACCUCCACCUCCACCUCCUCCUAGGGCUAAUCCACCAUUUAAGCGGCAGUCUAUUAACAAGGCGCCUCCUACUCGGGAAGAGUUGAUGGCCCACCAAGUUAUGCAGGAAGCCCAGUCUUUACCAGUCCAACCAACAACUGGACACUCCCAUCACCCCCUACAGCAGAUGCCCCAAUCUCUACCUCCAUUGCCUUCCCCAGACAUAUCUCCAUCUGCCAUCCAUAGCCAUAUGAUGUACCAAAUGCAUCACCAAGCACAACAAAAUAAACAAGAUCAACAGGUUUAUCAAAUUCAUCAGAGUAAUCAGACUCAGCAUGGCCAUCAGUUCCAUCAGGCUCAACAGAGCCAUCAAAUGCAUCAAGGCCACCAGACUCAUAAUACUCACCAGAUGCAACUAUCUAGCUCUAUGGACAGGCUUGACAAAAUUGAGAGAAUGGAAUUGUCUGAUAGACAUAUUUAUGAGGUUUACCAACCCCAACCAGCGCAUCCAGGUCAUCAAACUCCCCUUAGUCAUCAUCACAGUCAUCAAGCUCAUCUCUCCAGCUCCAUGGAUAGAUUAGAGAGAAUUGAACACUUAGAACGAAUGGAACGUUUAGAACAGAUGGAACGUUUAGAACAGAUGGAACGUUUAGAACAGAUGGAACAUUUAGAAAGGAUAGAACAGAUAGAAAGGUCAGAGAGAGCUGAAAGGAGAGCUGAAAAGCACCAGGCCCAAUUUUCUCAAACAAACUCCCAGGUUAUUCGCCAGACACAACAGACUCCACAACCUCAGUCAGCUUAUCCCAGUCAACAUCACAUCCAUCAGAUACAUCAAGUCUACCCAUCAAGCCAGUCUUCUCCACUUACUCACCAACCUCAUCAUAUUCAUCAAAUUGAGCACAUACAUCAGACACAGCUUGUGCAAUCUGCUCCUCAGUACCAUGUCAUUCACCAGCCUCACCAACCACAUCAGGCCCAGAUCCUCUCCACUUUCCAGCCCCUGCCUUCACAUCAACAAAUAUCACAGCAGCAAAUACAACAGCAGCAUCAACAGCAACACCAUCAGUCUCACCCAGUCCACCCUUCAACCCAAGCCAGACAGAGUCCUCAUCCCAUGCAGCACCAAGCUCACCAUCACCAUGAAGCUCAGUCUCAACCACAGCCUCAACCUCAGCCCAAGCCUCAGACUCACUGCCUAGAGGAAUCUACUGUGGAGCCUCCUCCACCCCCACCUUUACCUCCUCCCUGCGUGCCCCCUCCUCUGCCUAGGUCCUCGCCACAUAAAUCAGACUCCAGCCACAUGAAUGUGAAGAGGUUACGUUGGGAACAAGUUGAGAACUCUGAAGGAACUAUUUGGGGACAGUUGGGAGAAGACUCCGAUUAUGACAAGCUCAGUGACAUGGUGAAAUAUUUGGACUUGGAAUUGCAUUUUGGCACACAGAAGAAUCCAAUCUCUUUUCCAGAACCUGCACCUCAGUCCGAGACAUUCAAAAAGAAAGACGUGAUUGAGAUUCUUUCCCAUAAGAAAGCCUACAAUGCAUCGAUUUUGAUUGCCCAUCUGAAGCUUUCUCCAGGUGAGUUGCGUCAGGUGCUAAUGACGAUGGUGACCGAUCGCCUGGAGCCAGCACACAUAAAGCAGUUGCUUUUGUAUGCGCCGGAUGAUGAUGAGGUCAAACGUUACGAGCAGUAUACUGAUGACCCUAACAAGCUGAGUGAACCAGAUCAGUUUGUCUUUCAGAUGCUAUCUGUGCCUGAGUAUAAGACCCGUCUAAAGAGUCUGCAUUUUAAAAGCACACUGCAGGAAAAAACUGAGGAGAUGAGAGCAGGAUAUGAAUGCAUCUACAAGGCCUCACUGGAGCUUAAAACCAGCAAAAAACUAGCAAAGAUUUUAGAGUUUGUCCUUGCCAUGGGUAAUUACUUAAACAAUGGCCAACCCAAGGGAAGUAAAACCACUGGCUUUAAGAUCAAUUUCCUCACUGAACUUGCUACCACCAAAACUGUGGAUGGUAAAUCUACUUUUCUGCACAUCUUGGCCAAAUCAUUGUGCCAACAUUUUCCUGAGGUACUCGAUUUUGCCAAAGAACUCACAACAGUACCACUUGCAGCCAAAGUGAAUCAGAGGAAUAUCACCUCGGAUAUGAAUGAUCUGCACACCACCAUCCAAGACAUCCGCUUAGCUUGCCAAAAGAUGCCAGCCACUGCUGAGGACCGCUUUGCUGUUGUUAUGAGUGGUUUUUUAGAAAACAGUCACCCUGCCGUGCAGUCUCUGGAGUCUCUACAGCAGAGAGCUAUGGAGGAAUUCUGUAAGGUUGCCUCCUUCUUUGGGGAGGACGGCAAGGUCACCACCACCGAGGCUUUUUUCGGCAUCUUUGCCGAAUUUACUUCAAAGUUUGAAAGAGCCCUAAUGGAGAACCAGGCCACUGAGAACCCUCCACGCAGCCCACGCACUCCUCGCAUGGCAUCUCCUUUAGCAUGGUGAUGGGACACACAACCUAUAUACACAUUUAUACAAAGUACACACCCACUCACAUAUGUUAUACAUACACUUAAAGACUUUCUUUUGACAUAUAAACAAAUACAAACAUACCUGAAACAAUUGUUCCACUACAUACGCUGACAUUCUGACUUUUCUGAGCCACAUAGGUUACAUGUUUCUGGGACGUAUUCAAACAAAAUAAAAAUAAAAAACAAAUAAAUAAACAAACAAAAAAAACAACUAAAGAUAUGUCUUAAGUUGAAAGAUUGUAUAGUGACAUUAUACAGCUUGACUUUUAAUAUACACGUCAACGUAGAUAUGGUACUGAAUCAGCUGUGGAUUGUGAACAGAACUGUGAAUGAAAUUCUGCACCAAUAAAAAACCUGGUGUUGUUUUGGAUAUUUCAUGUGCUUACAUGUUAAUUUAUGAAGGUUUCUUCUACUAUAGAAUAUAUUUCUUUGGAUAUAACAUACUAUAUUUCUUAUAGAGAUAUAUGGCUAAUUUAUUAUUAUUCUAAUUAUUAUUCUAAGAAAGUAAAUUCUUAUAUAGUAGGGUGCAAUAUCACAUGCAAUAUAUGAAUAUUGAUAUUAUUAGAGUUAUUGUAUGAGUUUCUCUAGGUAGUUUUUAUUAUAGUAUGAAAGAGCAGGUGUACUUAUGAAAGAAUUAAGGAUAAGAACUCUUUUUGUGGUCAUCCAUAAUGAAUGUAUUUAUUUGCAGCUUUACAUUUCGCCAUUAGUGUGCAGCCAAACAUUUUUUUAUUUAUGGGUAUACCAAGGGUUCUUUCCUCGUGUAAUGGGAAUUUGCUUUAUAAUAUACUGAAUGUAAAAUAGAACAAAAUUUUUGUUUGUUUAAUUUUUUUUUUUAUCAGAAAAUGUAUAGAAUAUGUAUCAUCUGUUUUUAUUGUGUGCUUGUUAAUGUUGUGUAUUAAAUAAAUAGAUUUAUGAGUCCUUUUUUUUAUUUGGUAAGAUUAUUGUUUAUUAUUUAAUAUUGUUUGUAUGUUAUGAUUUUCUUAACAGUUUACAGACGGGUUUAUGAGGCCUGGGAGGUUGCAAUAAAUGCAAACGUUAAGUGAAUGAAAGUGAAUAAUAAAAUCGACACUAUUAUGAUAUUUUAUAAAAAAAAAAAAAGAAAAGUUAAUUGGUUUUAAAAAUUGAUUCAAUAUUAAGAUAUUUUAUUAAUAAUACUCUUAUGGCACUACAGUAAUAACAUGCAUAUAGCUAUACUACAAAAAAAGUGUUUUAAAAUUGGUUUAAAACUGAUUUCUGUGUGAGAUAUUUCUUUCCUCAUGUUUUAUUUGGUUCCUAAAUGCAGGCCUCCUGUAUAUGUUUGAACUGUGAAUUUUCCUAAAUAAGGUGCAUUGUUGCCUAACUGUGCUUCAAUACUGAACAUUUUCACGUUCUGUAUUUUUUACAUUUGGAUUUCCUGUCAGAACAUUGAGCUUCAGUAUUUUAUUUCAUCUUAGUAUUAUGUUUAUUUUGUCCUUAACAGGUCUUGUCAACUUUACUGUUUAAUUGCUAGUGCAACAUCAUU